AUGAUGUCGUGGAACGGCUCGUGCGUGAAGGCGUCCACUAUGACGAGGCGCGCCACCAUGUCGGGCGGCACCAGCGCCCGCUCCGCGUCAUGCCCCUCCGCGCUGCAGACAGAGGAGCACGGACUCACACGCCCGUCCGCACUGUGCUCACUCGGUGCUGCUGCCGCUGCUGCUGCGGCGGCCCUUCCAUCCGCCCGCUGCUGUGCGGCCUCCAUGGGCCGCAACGUCCCGCCAGCAGCAUCAGCAGCGGACUUUGAUCCCGGCGACCCCAUUGCCUCUUCUUCUGCGGUGUGGGCGAUGACGUAA